AUGACGAGUUUCAUCGCUGCAAUCGGACAUUUAAUGAUCAAUUCUGGUUUAAGUGAGGUCUUGUGUCAAGUUUAUGGGGAGAACGCUGUGUUGAAAAUGAUGAAUGGAAAAUCUUAUGCUCGCACUAUUCGUGGAUUAUUCAGCGUAGAUACAUGUUUGAAUGCGAUGCUGCUAUCAAGGUGUCGUAAUUUAAACCUCACUGACACCGUAUGUGACAUUGAAUUAGAUCAAGACCUGAAAGACACAAUGCUGUUAUUAGAUAAGUUACUUAAAGGCGAUAUACACGUAAAUGAAAUCACUGCAGCAGACGGCUUAAGAAAAAUUGCCACUGAUCUGAACAAGGAGAAGUCUCUCUUAAAUCACAAAACCUCUGAUCUUUGGCUACAAAUGAUGAGUAUGAUAGAAAGUGGCCGACUGUUCUUCCGGUCUGAGGGGAAGAAUUCAAGAUAUAAAUGGGAUAUUGGUACUCUGAGAAACGGACUUGGUGAAGAAAUGUGUGAAAUCCUACCGUUAUUGCAUGUGUUAACAGGCUGUAAUACAGUUUCAAGAAUAUUUGAAAUCGGCAAAGGUAUGGUUCUGAAAAAGGCUGUAAAAUCUGAAUAUUUCCGUAAUAUAUGUAAAUUGUUUUUGAAACGAGAUUCAACAAAAGCAGAAGUAAUGGCAGCUGGUGAAACGGUACUAGUUGCCGUAUACGGUGGUCUCAAAUACGAAACGCUAAAUGAGCUACGGUAUCGAAAAUUUCGAGAGAAAGUUUAUACAAGCAACUCGCAAGUCACCAUUGAAUGCUUACCACCGACAUCAGACUCAGCCAAGUAUCACGUAAUGAGAGUAUAUCACCAGGUCCAAUGCUGGAAAGAUAAUCAUCUUAGUUCAAACGAGUGGGGAUGGACUCUUCUACAUCAAAGAUACAAGGCUAUCAAGAUGAAACUACCACCUGCACCGGACAGUUUGCUGCAAAUGAUAAGAUGUAGCUGCAAAGGCGAUGUUCAUGUAAAAAGAAUGGAUUAG